AAAUUGAACGUAGCAUUAACUUCUGCUAUUUAUGGAAGUUUUGUCUUGUCUUUGGUCCAUAUAUCGUCUUCCUUUUCCGGUUCUGCAUCGAAGCUGAAACCAUGCCGCUCGCAAUUGACUUAUUGCACCCUUCGCCCGCGUCCGAAAGGAGGAAGCACAAGCUCAAGAGGCUAGUGCCACAUCCAAACUCGUAUUUCAUGGACGUAAAAUGCCCAGGCUGUUAUAAAAUCACAACCGUAUUCAGUCACGCGCAAAGAGUAGUCGUAUGUGCAGGAUGCUCGACGAUUCUUUGCCAACCCACUGGUGGUCGCGCCAGAUUAACUGAAGGAUGUUCAUUUAGAAGAAAACAACACUAAGAUUACCUGGAGAGAGCCCUAUUUUAAGAUUUGCAUUUUAUUUCCAAUUGUAUCAAUAUGAAUGAGUGAUAUUUUAUUAUUCAUUGGAUUUGUUAAAGCAUUACAAAUAAAGGCUUUUUCAAAGGGUAAUUUUACCUACA